UCGAGGGAUACGGAAACGAAAGCGAUCGUGCAUACGUACCGCGCGUUAGCUUCGCUCGUCAGAUCGAUCGUUGGAGCGAGAACGAGGAGGAGAACAAGAGCGAUAGCCGAGCAGCGGUUGCUAGGACAGGAGGGGGGGCCGGAGCACGCUGUCGCGAGGAUGUUCGCGGCGUGUGCGGUGCACGCGAGGAACGGGGCACGACGGUUCCCUUCGCAGCUCCCCUUUCUUCAGGGGCGCGGUUUCGUUCGCGGUCCCGUGCGUCGAUCCAUCGCUUGAGCAGCACCACGGUCUUCGAAUACUCGUCGCUCCCGUCUUCUCGCCUCGAGCACGUGUUCGCCGGCACGUGGCGGACGCUUCGCCGAAUCUGACAUGCCUCGCGGCGUCGUUCCGCGAUCCCUUCUUCCGAAUAUUCCUCGACGAGCCGAACCUCUCCUUUCGUGAGCGAUCGACUCUUCGAUAAGGAAUAUCGCGAUAAAUUGGCGGGAACUAUCGGAGAAAAAUACGCGGGAGUCCCGGAUGAAACCGCACCGCGUUCGUUAACAAACGUUGUUCCGGUUUGGAGAGGCAGCACGCGCGAUACACCGAGUCGAGCUAAUCCAGAGUUAAUUGGACGAGGAUAUCGGCUUGCGUCGACUCGCUCGUCGAACGGCAGAGACGUUGGAACGGAAGAAAAGAUGCUUGUGUAGCGAAGAAAUGGAGACGCUUUACACGGGAGCGAUCCAUGGGUACCCCCAACCGAACGGCGGCCUCGCUAAUGGAAUUUCCACGGGAAUCGGCAGCUCGUUCGAUCAGGACGGCGUUUUGAGUCUCAUCGUCGUUCUGGGCGGAAGCUUGUCCCUCGUCGCGCUGGUCUUCGCCUUCAUUACCUACAGCCUGUUCUCGGACUUGAGGAGCCUGGCGGGCACGACCCUUAUGAAUCUGUUGGCAGCCCUCUUCAUGGUUCAACUGCUCUUCAUCGUUGGAGUGGGCGGCGUUCAGGACUCGGAGCUGUGCAUUUCCCUCGGGCUGAGCCUGCAGUACCUUCGCAUGACGGUGGUUUGCUGGCUGGCUGCGAUGUGCCAUCACCUGUACGCCACCGUGGCGUCGAUCCCGCGCCGCGACGAUCCCCCGACCUACCUCAAGUACAGCCUGUUCGCCUGGGGAGCGCCGUUCCUGAACCUCGGCCUCUCGGUCUUCCUGCAGAUCCGCGAGGCGGCCGACAUCUGGAACGUCUCGGACUUGACGCCCUUCAACUGCUGGUUUCUAGGGAAGAAGGCGACGAUUUACGCGUACGGGUUGCCGAUGGUGUUGCUGCUGCUGUCCGCCGGCUACUAUCUGAUCAAAGCUGCCAUCGUGUCCAGGUACACCUGUAGCAUGCAGCUGGAGAUCAAGCAACGCGAGAAAAUGAAGAGAAGGAGAGCGCUACAGCUGAUAUUGUUUCUGAAAGUCAGCAUGAUAGUGGGUCUGGUGGCUGGCUGCGGAGUCGCGUCCAGGGUAUGGAAAGUCCCCUUCCUGUGGGCCGUCUUCUGCACAGGGCAUUCUCUGCAGGGCCUGGCCGUGGCGCUGUCCGUCGCGUGCAACUGCAGGGUCCUGAAGGUCUACGCCAGGAAAUCUUACAGGCAGCCGAAGCAGCAGAUCGCGCGGUCGAGCAGCAGCAUGCAGCUGCUGGCACCUGCCCCGGACCCGGUCUAGAUCGAGCCGAGCCGAGGCGCGAGCCGAAGCGCCGCUGUCAGACGAACGAAACCACCAUAUCCAAGGAUUUCCCGUGAAACCUCCGAAUCCCCCGCGGGCCCGACAACGACACGGCCGAAUUCACGCUGGCGAAUCGAUUCGAACUGCCGCAAUCGUCUCUCGAUCUCCAACGUUCUCCGCGUUCCUCGCGUUCCCAGAGCGGUGCACUCGACUCGAGUAUCGUCUGGCGAAGCGCGGUGGCCGAUUCGAAGGACGCGAUAUAACCGGCAAGAGGAAAACGCGUCGCUACGGAUGGAGAGGGAAACGUCUGCACGCGCGGAAGAAGGAGGGUAUCCUACGAAGCGCGGGCUUUCGAGCGUUUCGCUGGAGGAUCGGAGAAGACGAAUUUCAUCCCGGACGAAGGAACAACCUUAGGGUAGUUGCGAUUUAUUCGAGGUUCGCCUGCCAUCUCGAACGAUCGGUUACACCGCGCAACGAGAGCACGAAAUUUCUGAUCGUCGCCGCUUCAACAUAUCGUCACCGAUAUCACGAGCCUUGUAUUUUCUACGCGUCGAGUGCCACGCGGCCGAGAGCAUAUCCGCGACUCGCUCGAACCCGCCGAUCGCGAACGAAAGGCGCGAUGAUCGCUGUGCGCCGUUCGACGUAUCGGUGAUUCGGUCCCCGAACGCUCGUCGGUCGUCGGCGAUCGAACGAACGCGCCAACGCCGAUCACGAUUCUCCAGGCUCGUAUUAUUUUCCAGGAGGGAACCGUGAGCCGAGCCAGGAAUAGGAGCAGGGAAUAUCGAUCGAUCGCGAAAGGAAUCCAGCCGCUUCGUAUUUGCGCGCGUUCCCCGCGGUUUUGCGGCUGACAUUCCCCCACGAUGCAAUUAACGCUCGGUAAUGAUCUAUUCGAUCGCAUUAGCACGCGUAACCACCGGCACUCCGUAAAUGUAAGCGCAUGUAACUACGACGAAAUAAUAAAUAUUUUGA